AUGGAAGCUGCUCAUAUUAUGGAUGGAGCAAAUCGUAAAACACAGCUUUUGGCUAUGGGUGGUUUGGAAUUGCAGAGCGCGUACUUCGGAUUGCCCGAAGAAACAAAUGUAGCGGAAGUUGAUCCAUACUUAGCUAUUAAAAAGAGGCUGACGGAUUUUUUCUCCCCGAAGCAUCAUGAAAGUUUUGAACGCUAUCAGUUUUGGGAAAUGGUGCCAGAGCAUGAUGAGCCUAUAGAGAAAUUUGCUUUGCGGAUUCAGCAAGCUGCUGAAAAGUGCAAUUUCGGGAAAUCAGAGAUAGAAAGUCGUCACAUUGCAAUUAUUGAUAAAAUUAUACAAUCAGCUUCCGAUGAUUUGCGUCAUAAACUUUUAGAAAAGGAACAACUUACAGUCGAUAACUUACACAAAAUAUUAAAUGCAUAUCAAUCAGUACGUUACCAGUCCGCCCAGAUGAAACCAAAAACUCAAGGCACCACAGUGAACCGUCUCUUCGAUCAAUUUCCCGGAAAUGAUAGAGGACCGAAGAAUCCUAGAUGUAUGCGUUGCGGACAUGAGCGUCAUCAAAACGUUCAAAGUUGUCCGGCAUAUUACCACAACUGUAAACGUUGCGAUAAAGUAGGUCAUUACGAAUCGUUAUGUAAAUCCAAAAAGCGUGAAAAUUUCAAAAUGCGUAGAACAAUCAACUUUGAUAAACGAAACUUAUCACGUCCUCCGAAAUUCCCUCGGAGUGUUAAUCAUGUUGAAGAUACGGGCUGCGAAAAUUCUUCUGUAUACAAUAUCGGUGGAUCUGAUGAUUUGAUUUCGUGUCUCGUUGGUGGUGUUGAUAUUGUAAUGCUUAUUGAUUCAGGCUCCAAAUACAAUCUGAUUGAUGACACAACUUGGCAACUAAUGAAACUUCGUGGUGCUACAACCAAGAAUGAGCGAUUUGAAACAGACAAACGUUUUCUGGCUUAUGGUCGUGUUCCGUUAAAAUUGUUAACAGUUUUCGAUGCCGAAUUGAAGGUCCAAGACAAUAACAACUUACUACAAGCUUCAACAACAUUCUAUGUAAUUGAAAAAGGGCAACAACCACUACUAGGAAAAGUCACGGCAAAACAGAUAGGGGUACUACAAAUAGGGCUACCUAGUUCCCAAAAAGCAGUCGUUAACAAAAUUGAUACAGUUAAACCCUUUCCCAAAAUGAAAAACAUCGAACUGACCCUUCCUGUUGACAGAACUGUCCCUCCAAUCAUCCAACCCUUACGGCGAUGUCCUAUUCCGCUCCUUAAAGAAGUUGAAUUGAAAAUAGAGGAACUGCUAAAGCUUGAGAUUAUCGAAAAGGUUGUUAAACCAACUUCAUGGGUUUCCCCUCUAGUUCCCAUCGUGAAGGAGAACGGUGAACUUAGACUAUGCGUGGAUAUGCGUAGGGCAAACCAAGCUAUAAAACGAUUGAACCAUCCUCUUCCUGUUUUUGACGACUUACUUCCACAAUUCAGUGAUGCCAAAUAUUUUACAACGCUUGACAUUAAGCAGGCCUUUCACCAAGUGGAACUAUCGAAAGAUUGUCGUGACGUGACUACGUUUAUUACGAAUUGGGGCUUAUUCCGCUACAAAAGACUACCGUUCGGGGUGAACUGCGCCCCAGAGCUUUUUCAAAACCUCAUGGAAAGCAUUCUAGCGGGCUGCAAAAACACUGUGAUUUUUAUAGAUGAUGUGGUCGUCUAUGGAUCUUCAGAAAAAGAACACGACGGUUCUCUGAAACAAACCCUUGAUGUACUCAAAAGCUACGGAAUUCUUUUGAAUGAUCACAAAUGCCAGUACAAGCAGAAGGAAAUACGAUUUCUUGGUCAUAAGCUUUCCUCUAACGGUGUUGCCCCUGCGGAACAAAAAGUCAAAACUAUUUUACAAUUUCGUGCACCCAAUACUAAAGAGGAGUUACGCAGUUUUUUAGGAUUGGUCACCUACGUUUCUAGGUUUAUUCCAAACCUAGCAACAGAAAAUCAUUUGUUGAGAUGUUUAAUCAAAAAUGACACUCUGUUUAACUGGACCAACGAACAUCAGAGUUCCUUCGAUCGUAUUAAGCAGCUUAUUGGAUCAGCCAAAAACUUGGGAUAUUUUGACCCCAAAGAUCGGACUUUAUUGGUAACAGACGCUUCAGGUGUUGGAUUAGGCGCUGUUCUAAUACAAUUCAAGAAAAACCUACCUCGGAUCAUAAGCUACGCUUCAAAAAGCUUGUCCGACAUCGAAAAAACUUAUCCACCCAUCGAAAAAGAGGCUUUAGGAAUCGUAUGGGGGAUCGAGAGAUUUAAAAUGUACCUGGUCGGGAUCGAAUUCGAGCUGGAGACGGAUCAUCGUCCCUUGGAAACCUUGUUUACACCUACUUCUCGUCCUACGGCGAGAGUUGAACGUUGGUUAUUGCGAGUACAAGCUUUUAAGUUCAAGGUCGUUUAUAGAAGAGGGUCUGCUAACUUGGCCGAUGUUCUCUCCAGAUUGGGUUCACAUGUCCAGGAUGAACAAUGGAUCGAAGACACAGAAAUUUUUAUAAGACGUGUUAUGGUCAAGUCAAUUUCAAGCCUCAUCGUGGAGGAAGAAAUCUCUUGCUUUGACUAUGAAACGGAAAGCAUUAUUCAGGCUGUUCAAAACAGUGCUGCGAUCGAUAUAGAGGAAGUAAUUCAAGCUACCGAAACAGACUUAGAGUUACAAAAUCUUAAAAAUAGUAUAAUGACUGACAAAUGGAAUGGUCAUUCUGUUCAGAACGAUUUGAAAGCUUAUAUCCCUUUUAAAUCAGAGUUUUCAGUGGCAAAUGGUUUGGUGAUGAGGGGUUCGAAACUCAUUAUACCUAGUUCUUUGAGACAACGAAUGCUUGAUUUAGCUCACGAAGGGCAUCCUGGUCAAACAUUGAUGAAACGCCGACUGCGUGAACGAUGCUGGUGGCCUGGUUUAGAUAAAUCUGCUGUUGAGAUGUGUGAAAAAUGUGAAGGUUGUAGACUCGUUCAAAUACCGGAUCCACCGGAACCUAUGAUCCGUCGUCCGCUUCCAGAUAGGCCAUGGAUAGAUGUGGCCAUGGAUUUUUUGGGACCCAUGCCAACGGGUGAAUAUGUCUUAGUCAUUAUCGACUACUUUAGUCGUUACCUUGAACUGGAAAUAAUGACUAAAAUAACAGCUCAAGAAACUAUCAAAAGAUUAAAGCGUAUAUUUCGGGUUUGGGGUCCUCCACGAACAAUCACCCUGGACAAUGCUAAACAGUUCGUAUCGAGUGAAUUUGAGGAGUUUUGUAACUCCCAAGGUGUACAUCUGAAUCACACUUCACCGUAUUGGCCACAAGCCAACGGAGAAGUUGAGCGCCAAAAUCGGUCUUUGCUUAAACGAAUGAAGAUUGCAAAUGCUCUUUAUAACGAUUGGAAAGCUGAACUCAAUAAUUAUUUAGAUCUAUAUAACAAUACGCCACACACAAUCACUGGAAAAGCUCCCAGCGAACUCCUACAGAACAGGAAAUUGAGAUCAAAACUACCACAGCUUGAUGACCUCGAUACUAUUCCUCCAAGUGCAGACUUCCGAGACAAGGAUCAGGAGAUGAAAUGUCUUGGAAAACAACGGGAAGAUGCUAAGCGCAGAGCACGAGUAAGCGUGUUAGCACCAGGAGACACAGUUUUAAUGAAAAACCUUUGCCCGAAAGAUAAACUAGCCACGAACUUUCUUAAAGAGAGAUUUACCAUUACAAAAAGACAAGGAUCAAAUGUAACGGUAAAAUCUAACGAAACCGGAAGAACCUACGACCGCAACACAUCCCAUUUGAAACGAAUCAAUGAGUCGCCAUCACCUGAUCAUCAAACUGUAGACUGUGAACUCCCCGUAGCAAACCCUACACCAGGCCUUUCAUCGAUGGAUUGUAGUGAUGAUCAGCAGAGAUUGCCGACUCCAACACCGGAUGAGCCGGAAACAGAUCAGGAUAUUUUUCAAAAGUCUCCGCCAGUUCUUAGACGUUCCUCUCGCGUAUCGAAACCACGUUACUGUUAUAGUCCGUAG